AUUCCCACAGGCUCCAGGGAGGCUGGCAGAGGUGGGAAGGGAGGUAGCAGACAGAGGAGGAAGGGAGGUUUUUAGAAAGCUGGGCAGGCAGGAGCCCUGUGACCCCGGCUUUCACUUCUCCUCACUAAACACCAUGUGACUUAGCGGGCCACGGGGGCCAGGGAAAGGGGAAGCCAAGGGGAGCCCAGAGUUUCGCAAGAAACACAGAGAGAGGGAGAGAAGCUGAGCCGGGGGACCGAGGGAGGGGCAGAUCAGAGAAGGGAGUGGCAGGGGCUAGCAGGCAGUCGGGGCUUAGGGACAGCAGGGCCACUGGGCCCUUGCCCUCCUAGGUGUCACCAGGAGAGGGGGAAAACAGCUGAGAAAGGGGGACCAUCCAGGAGAGAGGGGGAGGGGCAGAGAAGGGCAGGGAGGAAGGGUGGGCAGCGGGAAAGGGGGAGGGGGAGGAAGGGUCAAGGGCCCGGCGCAGCAGAGAGAGGAAGGGAAAGGGGACAGGGAGCAAGGGGUAAGGGGGACGCGGAGAGAAGACUUGGAGGUGGGAGGAGGGGCGAGCUGGGAGCUGAGGAUGAUGGAGGAGUAGAGUGAGAGAGCGACCGAGCGCAGGGAAGGAAAGAGCGAGGGGUCGGGGUGACCGGGGUGAUCGGGGGCAGCAAGGGGGGCCCGCCAGUUUGGGGGAGGGGGAGAGGAGGGGACCCGGAAGUCGGGGGUAGAGCAGAGCUUCGGGGGCGGGCUCCGGGCGGCCCACCAUGCCCGGGCCGCGCGCCCCGGAGGAGCGGCGGCCGCUGCUGGCUCGCGGAGCGCCGGGCCCCCGACGGGGGCGGCGGGCAGCGGGAGCGGCGGUGCUGCUGGUGCAGAUGCUGGAGCGCGCGGCCUUCUUCGGCGUCGCCGCCAACCUCGUGCUCUACCUCAACAGCAAGAACUUCAACUGGGCCGGCGAGCAGGCGUCCCGCGCUGCGCUCGUCUUCCUGGGCGCCUCCUACCUGCUGGCGCCAGUGGGCGGCUGGCUGGCCGACGUGUACCUGGGGCGCCACGGCGCCGUGGCGCUCAGCCUGGUGGUCUAUCUGAUCGCCUCGGGCCUGCUGCCCGCCACCGCCUUCCCCGAUGGCCGCCGUUCCUUCUGCGGCGAGAUGCCCGCGCCCGAGCUGCGGCCCGCCUGCCCCUCGGCCGGGUGCAGCCGCACCUCGCCCAGCCCGUACUGCGCGCCCACCCUCUACGCGGGGCUGCUGCUCCUCGCGCUGGCGGCCAGCUCAGUCAGGAGCAACCUCACCUCCUUCGGAGCCGACCAGGUGAUGGAUCUCGGCCGUGAUGCCACUCGCCGCUUCUUCAACUGGUUUUAUUGGAGCAUCAACCUGGGUGCUGUGCUGUCACUGCUGGUAGUGGCCUUUGUCCAGCAGAAUAUCAGCUUCCUGCUGGGCUACAGCAUCCCCGUGGCCUGUGUGGGCCUGGCCUUCUUCAUCUUCCUCUUUGCCACGCCUGUCUUCAUCACCAAGCCCCCCACAGGCAGCCAAGUGUCCUCCAUGCUUAAGCUGGCGCUCCAGAACUGCUGUCCUCGGCUGUGGCAACGACAUGCUGCCAGAAACUCCCAAAGCACCCACCUGGUGCCUGACCGGAGGUUUCCCCAGCCUGGUCCCUCCCACGAAGAGGACAUUGCCAACUUCCAGGUGCUGGUGAAGAUCUUGCCGGUCUUGGUGACCUUGGUGCCCUACUGGAUGGUGUACUUCCAGAUGCAGUCCACGUACGUCCUGCAAGGUCUUCACCUCCACAUCCCGAACAUUUUCCCGUCCAGCCCCACCAACAGCUCCACGGCUCUGAGAGCCCAGGACAGCAGCUACAGGAUCCCGGAAGCCUGGCUCCUUCUGGCCAACGUGGUGGUGGUGUUGAUUCUGGUCCCUCUGAAGGACCACCUGAUCGACCCCUUACUGCUGCGGUGCAAGCUGCUUCCCUCGUCUCUGCAGAAGAUGGCACUGGGGAUGUUCUUUGGUUUUACCUCUGUCAUCGUGGCAGGAUGCCUGGAGAGAGAGCGCUUGAACUACAUCCACCACAACGAGACAGUGUCCCAGCUGAUCGGAAAGGACCUCUACUACGCAGCACCACUGUCCAUCUGGUGGCAGAUCCCGCAGUACCUGCUCAUCGGGAUCAGUGAGAUCUUUGCCAGCAUCCCAGGCUUGGAGUUUGCCUACUCGGAGGCCCCACGCUCCAUGCAGGGCGCCAUCAUGGGCAUCUUCUUCUGCCUGUCAGGGGUGGGCUCCCUGCUGGGCUCCAGCCUGGUGGCACUGCUGUCCUUGCCCGGGGGCUGGAUGCACUGCCCCGAGGACUUUGGGAACAUCAACAACUGCCGGAUGGACCUCUACUUCUUCCUGCUGGCCGCCAUCCAGGCCGUCACAGCGCUCCUGUUCAUCUGGAUCGCUGGCCGCUAUGAGAGGGCAGCUCAGGGCCCAGCCUCCCAGAGUGGCUCCAGCAGGGACAGGGGCUGAACCCGCGGCCCUCCCUCCUCCCUCCCCUCCGCGCAUCUCUCCUGGAUGCAGACAGCAGCAGGCCCGGCUGUGGUUUCCCUCUCGGUUUAUUCUGUACCCAACAUUAGCAUGAAAUGGUUUCCAUAAAUAAGGGGUCUGAGCCCUUCCUCACAA